GUUGAAGUUGAAGUUUACCGGAGAGAUUCUAAGAAGCUUCCUGGCCUGGGAGACCCUGAUAUUGACUGGGAAGAGAGCGUCUACUUGAACCUCAUCCUACAGAAGCUGGAUUAUGUGGUGACAUGUGCUGUGUGCACACGCUCUGAUGGAGGAGAUAUACACAUUCACAAAAAGAAAUCUCAGCAAGUGUUUGCGUCUCCUAGCAAACACCCAAUGGACAGUAAAGGAGAGGAGUCAAAGAUCAGCUACCCCAACAUAUUCUUCAUGAUUGACAGUUUUGAAGAGGUUUUCAGUGACAUGACUGUGGGAGAAGGAGAAAUGGUCUGUGUGGAGCUGGUGGCCAGUGACAAAAGCAACACCUUCCAAGGGGUGAUUUUUCAGGGGUCCAUCCGCUAUGAAGCACUCAAGAAGGUCUAUGACAACAGGGUGAGUGUUGCAGCUAAGAUGGCUCAAAGAAUGUCUUUUGGCUUUUAUAAAUAUAACAACAUGGAAUUUGUCCGAAUGAAAGGGCCACAAGGGAAAGGACAUGCGGAGAUGGCAGUGAGUAGAGUUUCUACUGGUGACACUUCACCGUAUGGGACAGAAGAAGAUUCAAAUCCAGACUCCCCAGUGCAUGAGAGAGUCACUUCUUUCAGUACACCACCAACUCCAGAACGCAACAAUCGCCCAUCCUUUUUCUCCCCAUCCCUCAAGAGAAAAGUGCCCCGAAAUCGAAUUGCUGAGAUGAAAAAAUCCCAUUCAGCAAAUGACAGCGAGGAGUUCUUCAGAGAUGAUGAUGGUGGAGAUCUGCACAAUGCGACAAAUCUGAGGUCGCGGUCCUUAUCUGGAACAGGACGGUCUCUGGUGGGCUCGUGGCUGAAGCUGAACAGAACAGAUGAAAACUUUCUACUCUAUGCACACUUAACUUACAUCACUUUGCCAUUGCAUCGGAUUUUAACAGAUAUCCUGGAAGUGCGGCAGAAACCAAUUCUGAUGACAUAGCAGAGAGCGGGCACUGCCUUGGAGCCUUGUUGCCAAGUGCCUAACCACAGCAGUUUUCUGUGCUAACACUACCAUCUAGUGUCAGGAACAUAAACCUCCGCAGGAAAAAGGGAAGUCCAAGAAUACCAGCCGAUCAAAAGUGCCUCUUUCUUCCUUCCUCUGCUGUCAUACACCGUAUGCACACUUGCAGUACAUCGCUUGAGUGUUUCUGACUGGAAGAGGACUUUCAGCAAGAUAAAACGAGAAGGGGCUGCGUUUAAAACGAGUCAAUGCUUUAUG